CCACUGUGAAUGGUUUUUAUCUGCGUCCAAAAUGAGGCUUUGAUGCGAAAUCGAAGAAAAACAAUCAAAUAUCUACGGAAAACUAAAACUACAUCUUUCGUGGUCAGUCGCAGUCAAUGUGCCAAGACACCCAGUCAACAUACGCGUAAUUAAAUGUCCGCGCACAGCCGCUUGUGAAAUAUGGCGUUUAACAAUAGGCUGAAAACGGGCUCGGGCUCAGCCUCAGGUUUAUCCCAAAUAAACUACAAAUUUACAUGUCGCUGCUGUCUGAAAUCUGACGCGGAGUUCCUGAAGCUGGACACGAUGACGGUGGCGCGCAAUCUGGACCCAAGCGAAGCGGAUAAAAUUCCCCUGCUGCGCUGUUUGUUAUUCUGCAUACGCGCCGAAAACUCACCGGAGCUGCCGCAAUACAUAUGCGUUGAGUGUAGCAAGAGCCUGCAAAUAGCCUACUAUUUUCUGCAGAAUGCACUGCGCGCACACGAAAUACUCUGCCGCAAACUGUGUCCGGGAAAGGUGCGACCCACGUUGGCGCAACGCUUUAACGGUUCCAUCAAACAGCCAGAGGUGGCGCCGCGGCAGGCGGCCGAGGACCAGACGAAGCCCCAAAAGGCAUUCCGCCACGAGUGCAAACUCUGCGGCUUUGUCGUCUACAAUCGGACGGAGCUAAAGGAGCACAUUCACCAGCACGUUGAUGGCAGCUCAUACAGCUGCAAAGUCUGCAGCUUCGUAACGCUGAAGAAGCGUCUACUGCAGGAGCACUACAGUGCGACCCAUGGCAUGUCGGCCAACCUGGCGGACGAGCGUGUUAAGCCAAAAUCUACAUCCUACAGUACCGGCCCAUCCACUUCAUCCGCAGCGGCGGCGGCUGCGACUGCCAAUGAGGAGUUUAAAGUGUGCACGCUGGAGGAUAUGGAGCUGCUGAUUCCCACAGUUCUCACGCCCGGUGACUAUGUCCAACCGUCCAUCGACGAAGAGCAAGUGCAGGACAUUGAACAGGAGCUGGCCGUCAGCAUUGGCCAGCCAGUUCCCGUUGCUGCUGAAACGUUAACCAACAAUCUGUCCCAGAUGCAGGGCAAAAACAUGAGCAUUGGCUCCGAGUAUGUCCUUAUGGCCGAUGGCAGCAUGCAGGUCAACGGAGGCGGUGUGGUGAUAGAAUACAUCGAUGAUUGCAAGCCAAACCGCAACACCACUGGAAAUAUGAGCCUUCAAAAUCUACUUGGAGGUGGCCCCGAAAACGAGCCCAUGGAAAUCGACGUCAGUGAGCUGAUUGUGGAGGAAAUGGUGCCACAGAUAAAAGUCAAGCCAAGACCAGUAUCCAUUGGAUCCACUCCCCUCCUCAAGUAUAAAUGCAAAGCAUGUCCCAAAGCAUUUGCCACCCUGGGGCGUCUGAAAUCUCACCAGUUAAGCCACAGCCAUUUGCCCAAGUUCUACUGCGAUCAGUGCCCGUUCUACUCGCUGCGCAGCACUGAACUCUGCCUACACUACAAGGCAUCGCAUCUCAACAAAGAGGAAAAAGGAGGAGCAAAGGAGACCGUCGAUGAGUGGCAAACCUAUUCCUGCGACAUGUGCCUCUUUGAAGGAAGAAACGCCAGGCAUCUGCGUGUGCACUACACUGACAAGCAUAUGAUUCAACCCACAGAAGUACAGCUGCGGCCCAGUUGGACAAGUGAGUCGGCCACAGCCGGUGGCGGGAUCACUUCGGCUCGUACCAGUGGUCAGGGCUCCAAGGAGCAGGGCGCUCAGCCGCAGCACACCGAAAUUCCACUGGGCAUUCAAUAUCCGCCUGCAGCUCUGGCGGCGGCGGCGGCGGCGACGGCAACGGCGACAGUUGGCAAUCAGCCAAUGCUUCAGCAGCAGCAGCAGCAUCAAGAUCAAGAGCAACAGCAACUGUCAGCGAUAGCAACACAAACUUCCACGAUAACGCAGUCGGGCGAAAUCAAUGUUGUGGUAGAUGCCACACCGUUGUUCUUUGCGGCGACAGCAGCGGGAACUGAGACUGUGACUGUGACUGGGGCAGAGGAACAAGAAGAAGGACAGGGCCAGGCAUCUCCGGGCACAAUAGCCGCCGAUACAAUUGCCAACGGGGAGGAGGCCUAUGAAAUCUUUCCCGAAAUCUCAACGAGCAGUCUGACAGCAACACAGCCUGGUCCGGCAUUGCCAACGACAUCGACAACGUCGGCGAACAUCUCAAUAUUUGGAGAUAUGCAGGAAUUUAUAGACAACACAGAUGUGGCUGCCAUAUGCACCAUACCCGCCGAUGACAUGCCCGUGGUGGAUGGUGACGAUAUUGUAAUUGAUAACAACAAUAUGAGCCUGGACUUUGAUGCUGAGAAUCUGUUUGAGGACUUUGAGGAUGAGGAAGAGGCCGUUGGCGAGGAGGAGGAGGACGAGGAGGAGGAUGACGACGACGACGAGGACGCUGAGAAUGAAGAUGAAAAUGACAACAAUGAUGCGGCCACCGAUCAGAAUCUGCUGCUAACAAGCGACGACGACGAUGUCGAUGACUUUGACGACGAGCAAUCAAAGCAUCUGCAGAAACCCUACUGCAUAUUUUGCAACAAAAAGUUUACCAGCCAAUACAAAUUCGAGAAUCACAUGUUUGUGCAUCGAGGCCUGGCCCCCUAUCGCUGUGAGCUCUGCACGAAUCUCUACAACAUGAAGCGUCUCCUCAUCCGGCACUACAAGACCGUGCACAAGCGCAUGCCCACGCGUGACAUGGUCCAGGCGAAGGGCGACAAGGUAUUGGUGGCACGUACCAAUAUCGAGACGAUACAACUGGAUACGGAUAGGAAGCCGAUGCUGAUGUGUGCGAAGUGUCCGUUUGAAUGUGAAUUGGAUACGGAAAUGCGAAAGCAUUUGAAUGCGCAUCAUGGCAUCAAUGAUGGUGUAUCCCUGCAUGCCAACGAGGUGUUCAUUAUACGCAAACUACCAUUUGAGUGCCCGCGAUGCAUUCGGUCAUUUGCUGCCAAGAGCACACUGACACGCCAUCUGCAGCGUAGCCAUUUGGUGGACACUAUAAUUGAGAUGCAAUCGAAUCAAACAACCAGCAGCUCAGCAGCAACAACCACAAGCACCACAUGCACGGCAACAACUUCAAUGCCGGCGAACACGGCUGACGAUAAUGGGAAUAAGGGGCAGCAGCAGGGGACGGAGACUGUUGGCUAUGGCGAUGGCGAUGUCGUUGGCGAUGGCGUUGGGGAAUGCGAGGUAGAAGUCAAACCUGAAGAAGGCGCCGGAAUAAAAGAAGAGCCGACUUCAGCCGCAUCAGCAUCGGCAUCGAUAAGAACAGCCAUAAAAGCAGAAUCAGCUUCAGAAAUAAUUCCAAAUCCCCCCGACGAAUCGCCAGAGCCACGAAUCAUGAACAGCAUUGAUCAUGUUCUAGUCAAGGGCGAGACAUCAUCUGUGCCACACAUCGCCACCACAACAGCAUCAUCGUCAUCCACACCAACCCCAUUUGAUUUUGACUUUGACUUUAUAGGGGAUGCAGGAAAAUCCAGACUUACGCCUACUUUUACGCCCACCCCGCCCAGUACUAGCAACAGUCAAAUUGUCAGCACCACACCACUCCCAUGCACGAGCACAAGCACCACCAGCACCGACGCCUGUUCACCCAGUCCCCUACUCAACGGCAGCGACAAACUGUUGACUGCCGCAAUGGAGCCAUCGCCCUUCAAGGGGCUAAGGUCGCGCACGCCACGCACCCAAAUCUACGCGUGCAAGCUCUGCAAAAAGAGCUUCGAUGAACUGGGAAAGCUGGUGAAGCAUGAGAUGGAUACACAUUCCAUUGGCGAAUCGAAACGAUCGGGCUACGAGCACAGAUGUGGCACCUGUGGAACAACGUAUCGCACAAUGGCGCUGCUCAAGUUCCACAUGAAGCGCCACGCGAAUCGCAAGUUUUCGUGCAAGUUUUGUGAAAAGGAUUUUGUACACAAAACAGAAAUGGACAGGCAUAUUCUGGCCAAACAUGCCACCGAGAAGUCGUUUCGAUGUUCGCUGGAUGGCUGUCGCAAGAUGUUCGCCUUUAAGCAUCAUUUGGUGCGGCAUCAGAAUGCCUCGCAUCUGAAGUUGCGACAUGUGUGCGCGAUAUGUCAGAAAGAGGUGAAGACCAGCCAGCAUCUGCGGCACCACAUGACCGUUCACAGAGGCAUGACAGCCUACAAGUGCCCCAAAUGCGACCGCACAUAUUUACGUCGCGGAGCCCUUCGCGUCCAUGCACUGUCGGUGCAUAAGGUGCGGCUCACGGAGGAUGAGCUGGCGGAAAUCUUUCGCCACAAUGUGGGCUACACCAAUCCACACGACAUGAAGGUCAUCGCACGCAAUGGGCAACUGGUGCGCCGCAAGGAGCUGGAGGUGGAACGAGAAAAUGAGUUGCAGCUGGGCGACGAACCAUCCCAAGCAGAGGCGAAUAUUUCAUAAUAAUUCAGAGUCAUGCUCAUGAGUGGUCCUCACAAACAAACACACCCUGUACAAAGUUUGUAUAUGUAGUCCAUAAGCACUGCUUCCAAAUGCAGUUUUUAACCCACACACACACACACAUAUAAAUUUAAUGUUCUGCAGUUUCCCCCCUAAGGCCUAGCAUAGUUAUCUCGUUAUCACAUUCAUCGACCCAUUACCGACAGAUGUUUUUGCAUAUGCACCCUAAACUUGUACAUGCAACAAUUGUAGUUAUUUGGUUGGAAUAUACACUUGUAUUAUAAUAAUAGCCAUGGAUUUCCUUUGAGCGGAUCUGGGUGUGUUCGUUCCACACUUAACUGGGAAUCAAAGAAUCAAUCAUGAUACGACCAAUGCGGCGGCGGCUCUCUGCAUUGGCCAAAGAGCUCAACAAUAGUCUGUAAUUGUAACCACAUUUAUUUUUAUAUUAGUCUUAGAGCCCAGAAUGCCGUUAUUAUGUACAUUGGAUAUUUGAAAGCAAUAAAAAACCUGUUAGCAUAAUUUUUCCAUACCUUA